UAAAGGGGAGGAACCCAUUACAAUCGCAUACGGACUCUAAUAUCAGUACAUAUCACACAGAUAGUCAGUUAAAUUGGAAAUAAAACACUAUUUUCCUUUGUAAAAAAAUGUCGUACAUACCCGGUCAGCCUGUCACGGCAGUUGUGCAACGAAUUGAAAUUCACAAGCUACGGGAUGGUGAUAAUUUAAUAUUGGGAUUCAGCAUUGGAGGUGGAAUUGACCAAGAUCCAAAUCAGAACCCUUUUUCUGAAGACAAAACAGAUAAGGGAAUCUAUGUAACACGUGUGUCUAAAGGUGGACCUGCAGAGGUGGCUGGGCUCAGGAUGGGAGACAAAAUUAUGCAGGUGAAUGGGUGGGACAUGACAAUGGUCACGCACGAUCAGGCACGAAAACGACUCACCAAGAAGAAUGAAGAUGUGGUCAGGCUUCUCGUCACUAGAAAAUCCCUUGAGGAAACGGUUAGACAGUCCAUGAUGCAACACUAAUGUAAAUCUGACACACACUAAUUCAAGCAAAUGAAUGUUGUUAUUGGUUAAUCACAUGUUCAGAUGCUGUUUGAACUAAACAGCUUCCCUCAGCCAAAGAGUGAUGCCAAGAGACCAUUUUAGACUUUCAGUGUAGACUAACUUCUCAGUUAUGAUCAUUUUGUUUUAUGUAUUAAACUCAGUACUGCAACAGUAUACUAAUGUGGGGCGACUCUAUACUGACUGAAAUGAUUGCUCUCUAAUAGAAAUAAUGUAAAUGCAUUGUAUGCAUUCCAUAAUUGCAUUUUUAAUAAUAUAUGCUGUUAAAGCAUUCCUUUAUUAACUACAAGUUUAUUUGGUGGUAAUUUAAGCCAACUGAUACUUAAAAUCUGUAAUCGUAAAAUGUGCAAAAUCAUGUAACGCAGGAAACUUUAUGACUGUUAGAAUAAACAAGUAUACCUUUAUGACCACUAAUUUUGCUGUUUUUUUAUUUUAUAAUACUUCAUUUUAUAAUCUUUGUAUUUACUAAACAAUGUUAGUCUCUGCAUAUGGUUGAAUUUUCGCCUUCUGAUCAUUAUCAUUUGAAAGAUGGGCAGCCACGUUUAUUUUUGGCACCUGUAAGCAAGGCACAAUAACACUGCAAUUUUGUAUUUAGCAAUACUUUUGUUUUCUUCUGUACUGUUUGGAUUUGAAAAUGUUUUUGAUACAGACUUUUUGGCAUUUGAUUGUAUGGAGAUAUUUUUUCACUUCAGUGAAUAAAAGACCCUUCUAGCACAAAGUUUGCGUGUUUUAAUACACUGUAAAAAAUUUAGAAUUUUUAUAGAAUCAAAUUGGCUAUUCAAGUAAUUUCAGCUUACUAUUUUAAAUCUUGACACUUGAGUGAUGUGUUGCUGUAACUUACAAAACAGUCGAAAUUGCUUAAAGGCACAUUAUGUAAGAUUUUUGA